AUGUUGCACGGAUGUGGCUGGGGGCAACAGGCCCCUAGACCCCCGGCUCUUGGUAACCCUCACCUUGCUGCGCUGGGCAGCUACCUGAGCAUAACUCAUCAUACAGGUGUUGCAGAAAGUGUGGAGAGCCCUGCCUUUUACGAAAAUCUUCAUGUGUCUUCAGCUCCUUUCAAGAACUCAAAUCUUGUACUCCAAGUUGAUCGUUCUCUGAUCGACAGAAGAGCACGAGAUGAGCCCACUGGUGAAGUUGUCUCCCUUGUGGGAAAGCUGACUGGCUCCCGCAUGGGAGAUAAAGCACAGCGAACUAUUCCACCACAGAUGGAGGAAAAGAAAGCUAAACGUAGGAAACGUGACGAGGCUCAACGUGACAUGAUGAAAAUGAAAGGAACUACUUUGCUCUCUGAGGGUAUUGAUGACAUGGUGGGAAUCCUGUACAGACCCAAAACACAGGAGACCAGACAGACGUAUGAGGUUCUGCUCAGCUUUAUACAGGCCGCACUUGGAGAUCAGCCCCGUGAUGUUUUGUGUGGAGCUGCAGACGAGGUGCUGGCUGUGCUGAAAAAUGACAAGAUGAAGGAUAAGGAGCGUAAGAAGGAAGUUGAGGGAUUGCUCAGUGGAAUGCCUGAGGAGCGAUUUGCCCUUCUAGUUAACCUGGGCAAGAAAAUCACAGAUUGGGGAACAGAAGAGAAAAUGCAAACAGAUGAGAACAUUGAUGAAACCUAUGGUGUGAAUGUACAGUUUGAGGAGUCUGAUAAUGAGGAUGAUGAAGACAUGUACGGUGAAAUCCGAGAGGAGGAGGAGAGUGACGAUGAAGGCGAGGAAACUACUGUAGAUGCCUCACUGCACGCUAAUCUGACCGGUGGAGACGCCAUGAUGAGGAAGGCUGAGCAGGAACUCCACCCCCGGGACAUCGAUGCCUUUUGGAUCCAGAGGAAGCUCAGCAAGUACUACCCUGAUGAUCCCACUACAGCACAGGCUAAAGCUAAAGAUGUCCUCGAUAUACUCAAGCGGGCUGCCGAUGACCGUGAAGCUGAGAGUCAGUUAGUGAUGUUGCUCGGGGUAACACAGUUUGAGUUCAUCAAAGUUCUGAGACAGCACAGACAAAUGAUUCUGUACUGUACCCUACUGGCAUCUGCCCAAAGUGAGGCGGAGAGAAAACGUAUUGAAGAAAAAAUGGAAUCAGAUGCUGACUUAUCCAAACUGCUACAUGCGCUGCAAGAGACCGACAAAGAAGACAUUGUGGUGAGGGAGAGAGAUAGGAAGCAAGCAGCCAGACAGUCCCGAGUGGCAGAAGCCAUGGAUGUGGACCAGAAACAGGAUGUUGGAGCAGUGAGUCUGCUGGACUUUGAGGAUCUGGUGUUUAGCCAGGGAAGUCAUCUAAUGGCCAACAAAAGGUGUCAGCUGCCAGACGGAUCAUUUAGAAAACAGAGGAAAGGCUAUGAGGAGGUCCAUGUGCCAGCUCUGAAGCCCAAACCAUUUGAUGAAGAAGAGUCCCUUGUGCCGAUUGACAGACUUCCCAAGUACGCCCAGCCUGCUUUUGACGGCUUCAAGAGUCUCAACAGGAUUCAGAGUAGGCUGCAUAAAGCUGCCAUGGAAUCUGACGAGAAUCUACUGCUCUGUGCUCCUACUGGAGCUGGUAAAACCAAUGUAGCCCUAUUGUGCAUGCUGAGGGAGAUAGGUAAACACAUCAACCCUGAUGGAACCAUCAAUACAGACGAGUUCAAGAUCAUCUAUGUGGCCCCCAUGAGGUCUCUCGUACAGGAAAUGGUUGGAAAUUUCACAGAGAGGCUGAAAACAUACGGCAUCAAAGUGGAGGAACUGACAGGCGAUCAUCAACUGACCAAGGAGCAGAUAACUGCAUGUCAGGUGAUCGUGUGCACGCCAGAGAAGUGGGACAUCGUGACACGUAAAGGAGGAGAGAGGACAUACACACAACUUGUCAGGCUCAUGAUCUUUGAUGAAAUCCACUUGCUUCACGAUGACAGGGGACCAGUACUGGAAUCACUUGUGGCAAGAACUAUCCGGAACAUAGAGACUACACAGGAGGACGUGCGAUUGGUCGGUCUCAGCGCCACCUUGCCAAACUUUGAUGAUGUGGCCACUUUUCUGAGAGUUGAUCCUGCCCAGGGUCUCUUCUUCUUUGACAACAGUUUCCGCCCAGUACCCCUGGAGCAGCAGUUCAUCGGAAUCACCGAGAAGAAAGCUGUGAAGAGAUUCCAAAUCAUGAAUGAUAUUGUCUAUGAGAAAGUAAUCGAACACGCAGGAAAAAAUCAGGUGUUGGCAUUUGUCCAUUCGCGUAAGGAGACAGGAAAGACUGCGCGUGCUAUCCGAGACAUGUGCCUAGAGAAGGACAGUCUAGGGCUGUUCCUGAAGGAAGGGUCUGCGUCCACAGAGAUCCUGAGGACAGAGGCUGAGCAGGUCAAGAACAUGGAAUUACGUGACUUGCUGCCCUAUGGUUUUGCCAUCCAUCAUGCUGGAAUGAACAAAGUUGAUCGUCGUUUGGUGGAGGACUUGUUUGCUGAUCGUCACAUCCAGGUGUUAGUGUCUACCUCCACGCUAGCCUGGGGUGUGAACUUACCUGCCCACACAGUCAUCAUUAAGGGCACACAAGUGUACAACCCAGAGAAGGGGAGAUGGGUGGAGCUCAGUGCCCUGGAUGUUAUGCAAAUGUUGGGAAGAGGAGGUCGCCCGCAAUAUGACACAAAAGGAGAAGGUAUUAUGAUAACAAACCACAGCGAGCUCCAGUAUUACCUGUCCCUGAUGAACCAACAGUUACCCAUAGAGAGUCAGUUCAUCAGUAAACUGGCUGACAACCUGAAUGCUGAGGUAGUGCUGGGAACAGUGCAGAACGUCAAGGAAGGGAUCAACUGGCUUGGCUACACAUACCUGUACAUUCGGAUGUUGAGGUCACCCACCCUGUAUGGUAUCAGCCAUGAUCAGCUCAAGGAGGACCCCUUACUGGAGCAGAGACGUAAAGACCUGAUCCACACCGCUGCCUCGCUGCUGGAUAAACACAACCUUGUCAAGUAUGACCGCAAGACCGGACAUCUUCAGGUAACAGAGUUGGGCCGAAUUUCGAGUCACUACUACUGCACCCACGAGACUAUUGCUACAUACAACCAGCUCCUAAAACCUACGCUCAGCGAAAUAGAGCUGUUCAGAGUAUUCUCCCUUUCUGGCGAGUUCCGACACAUCCAUGUCCGAGAGGAAGAAAAGCUGGAGCUGCUCAAACUGUUGGAGAGAGUUCCCAUCCCAAUCAAGGAGAGUAUAGAAGAACCAAGUGCUAAGGUGAACGUGUUGCUGCAGGCGUACAUUUCUCAGCUAAAGCUGGAGGGUUUUGCGCUGAUGGCGGACAUGGUGUUCAUCACCCAAUCAGCAGGUCGGCUAAUGAGGGCGAUAUUUGAGAUAGUGCUGCACCGUGGCUGGGCACAGCUAGCUGACAAAGCGCUGGCGCUGUGCAAAAUGGUGGACAAAAGAAUGUGGCAGUCAAUGUCUCCACUGAGGCAGUUCAAGAGAAUUCAAGGGGAGGUAAUCAAGAAAAUUGAGAAGAAGAACUUCCCGUUUGAGAGGCUGUACUACUUGUCCCAGCACGAGAUUGGGGAGUUGAUACGAAUGCCCAAAAUGGGGAAGACCAUUCACAAAUAUGUCCACCAGUUCCCCAAGUUAGAGCUGUCUGUCCAUAUCCAGCCAAUCACACGGUCCACUCUGAGGGUAGAACUGACAAUAACGCCAGACUUUCAGUGGGAUGAGAAAGUCCAUGUCAGCUCAGAGGCUUUCUGGAUUCUGGUGGAGGAUGUAGAUGGAGAAGUGAUACUUCAUCAUGAGUACUUCCUGUUAAAACACAAGUUUGCUCAGGAUGAGCACGUGGUGAAAUUCUUUGUGCCUGUGUUUGAGCCUCUGCCCCCACAGUACUUUAUCAGGGUCAUCUCCGACAGGUGGAUUGGAGCGGAGACCCAGCUGCCUGUGUCUUUCCGUCAUCUUAUUCUGCCCGAGAAAAGUCCUCCCCCGACAGAGCUCCUGGAUCUACAGCCUCUACCUGUCUCUGCGCUCAGGAAUGCUGUGUUUGAGGGGCUCUACAGUGACUUCCGUUCCUUCAACCCCAUACAGACUCAAGUGUUCAACGCUAUCUAUAACAGUGAUGACAACGUGUUUGUGGGAGCACCCACAGGCAGCGGUAAAACAAUCUGCGCAGAGUUUGCUGUGCUGAGGAUGUUCUCUCAGGUGUCAGAGAGCAGGUGUGUGUAUGUCACGCCGCUGGAGAGUCUGGCUCAACAGACAUUCAUUGACUGGCACGCAAAGUUUUCUACACAAAUGGGGAAGAGGGUUGUGUGUUUGACAGGAGAAACCGGUACUGACCUCAAGCUGCUGGCAAAGGGAAAUAUCAUCAUCAGUACGCCUGAGAAGUGGGAUGUGUUGUCACGGCGAUGGAAGCAGAGGAAGAAUGUACAGAAUGUGAACCUGUUUAUUGUGGAUGAGCUGCAGCUGAUUGGAGGAGAGAUUGGGCCUGUGCUAGAGGUAAUCUGCUCAAGGAUGAGGUACAUCUCCUCACAGCUAGAGAGGAACAUCAGGAUUGUGGCCCUUAGCUCGUCGCUCUCUAAUGCCAAGGAUGUCUCCCAGUGGCUCGGCUGUACAACAACAGGCUUCUUCAACUUCCAUCCCAAUGUCAGGCCAAUACCAUUAGAGUUACACAUUCAGGGUUUUAACAUUACCCACAAUGCAUCAAGGAUCAUUGCCAUGGCAAAGCCAACCUACCAGGCCAUCUUGCGACACUCCCCGAAAAAGCCAGUGAUUGUGUUUGUGCCAUCGCGGAAACAGACGCGUCUAACAGCUAUAGAUAUCUUGACAUUCUGUGCAGCUGACAUGCAGCCCAGUCGCUUCUUGCAUGUGCCAGAGCAAGAUCUGGAGCCAUUCCUGCAGAAAAUCUCUGACAAGACAUUGAAGGAGACCCUGAGUAAUGGGGUGGCAUACCUGCAUGAAGGUCUUAAUGAGACAGAGAGGAAGGUGGUAGACCAGCUGUUCACAACGGGGGCGGUACAGGUAAUCGUGUCCUCCCGUAACCUUGCCUGGGGUAUGAGCAUGGUGGCGCAUCUCACCAUCGUCAUGGAUACGCAGUACUAUGAUGGCAAAACGCACUCGUAUGAAGACUAUCCUGUGACUGAUGUCCUCCAGAUGGUGGGGAGGGCCAACAGACCCAUGACAGAGGACGAAGAGGGCAAGGCUGUCAUACUCUGUCAGAGCUCCAAGAAAGAGUUCUUCAAGAAGUUCUUGUAUGAACCUCUGCCUGUGGAGAGCCACUUGGAUCAUUGUCUACACGAUCAUUUCAAUGCUGAGAUAGUGACAAAGACAAUAGAGAACAAGCAGGAUGCUGUGGAUUAUCUGACUUGGACAUUCCUGUACCGGAGGAUGGCUCAGAACCCCAACUACUACAACCUCCAGGGUGUGACACAUCGUCAUUUGUCUGAUCACCUGUCAGAGUUGGUGGAGAACACAGUCAGUGAUCUGGAACAGUCCAAGUGUAUCAGUGUUGAGGAUGAGAUGGAUGUUGCUCCUCUCAACUUGGGCAUGAUUGCAGCUUAUUAUUACAUCAACUACACAACCAUUGAACUGUUCAGCAUGUCUCUGAACAACAAGACAAAGAUUAAAGGGUUAAUAGAGAUCAUAUCUAAUGCAGCAGAGUAUGAAGAUCUGCCUCUGCGGCAUCAUGAGGACUCUGUUCUGAGACAGCUGGCAUCUCGUCUCCCCAACAAGUUGACAAACCCUAAGUACAACGACCCGCAUGUGAAGACUAACUUGCUGCUACAGGCGCACCUGUCCCGCAUGCAAUUGACGGCAGAGCUGCAGAGCGACACAGAGUCUAUACUUAGCAAGGCUGUGCGACUGAUCCAGGCCUGUGUUGAUGUCCUCAGUAGCAAUGGGUGGCUGUCCCCAGCCCUGGCAGCCAUGGAGUUAGCACAGAUGGUCACUCAGGCAAUGUGGGGAAAAGACUCCUACCUCAAACAGCUGCCACACUUCACCAACGAGAUCAUCAAAAAGUGCCAGGAAAAUAACAUUGAGAGUAUCUUUGAUGUGAUGGAGAUGGAGGAUGAGAACAGGACCACACUUUUGCAGUUGUCUGACGCCGACAUGGCAGAUGUGGCACGAUUCUGCAACCGAUACCCUAACAUCGAGCUGACGUAUGAAGUCCAGGAAAAGGAGUCUAUCAGAAGUGGCUCUGCUGUGAACGUACAGGUGACACUGGAGAGAGAGGAUGAGAUCACAGGACCAGUCAUUGCUCCCUUCUUCCCCCAGAAACGAGAAGAAGGCUGGUGGGUUGUCAUUGGAGAUGUCAAAUCAAAUUCACUGAUUUCCAUUAAGAGGCUGACCUUGCAGCAGAAGGCCAAGGUCAAGUUGGACUUCGUGGCGCCCUCUGUUGGUCACUAUAACUACACACUGUUUUUCAUGAGUGAUGCGUAUAUGGGAUGUGAUCAGGAGUAUAAAUUCACUGUGGACGUGAAGGAAGGAGACAGCGACAGUGAAAUGAGUGGCAGUGACAGUGAUUAGGUACAUCAUAUGUUCAUUACCAAGGCCUAACGAUGGAUGUCGUACAGGUUAUCUUUGGACAUGAGCUCAAAACCUGAAGACUAAUGUAAGGAUGCGGUAAACUGUGGGCUUCUGUACUAAUUAAAAAGGUCUACAGAUCUUUUCAAAAACUGACUGAUGACAGAGAAAGCUCGACAGUUUUCAUCAUGCCAGAUAUUGUAUAGAUAUAGUUCUGCGUUUUUGUGUUUAUCAUAGCCUGCUUCGGUUGUGUUUAUCAUAGCCUGCUUCAGUUGUGUCCUGAUGUGUGACCAGAUUACAUUACACUGCUGUUUCAUACAAAAUGUUGACAGUUUAUUAACAGAACAUCACAUGAAUUUGUUGAAAUAUUAAAAAGCUGGAGUUUUCUUGCACGACAUGAAAAUUAUUGGAAUAUCUAUUGCAGU